GCCGCUCCCAGUCUCGCUGCAGGUGUGCGCCGGGCCCUGAGGAGCAGGCAGUACCAGAUUAUCAAGAGAGAAGCUCCCCAGCGCUCUCCAGCAAUGGCAGGGAAAAAAGUUCUGAUAGUGUAUGCACAUCAAGAGCCCAAGUCCUUCAAUGGAUCUUUGUUGAAGAUUGCUGUGGAAGAACUGACCAAGCAGGGCUGCAGUGUCACCGUGUCGGAUUUAUACGCCAUGCAGUUUGAGCCCAGAGCAACAAGAAAUGACAUUGUUGGUCCCCUGCACAACUCAGAAGCGUUCAAUUAUGGUGUGGAAACCUGGGAAGCUUACAAGAGAGGAGGUUUGUCCAAAGAUGUGGUUGAAGAGCAGAAGAAAGUGCAGGAAGCAGACCUGCUGAUUUUUCAGUUUCCCUUGUUUUGGUUCAAUAUGCCUGCAAUCCUGAAGGGCUGGAUGGACAGAGUCUUGGUCCAAGGCUUUGCUUAUGAUAUGUCAAAGAUUUAUGAUGGUGGUUUGCUCCAGGGCAAAUUAUCCUUGUUUUCUUUCACCACGGGAGGAAGCAAAGAGAAAUAUGCAACCAGAGGUGAUAUUCGCUAUCUCCUAUGGCCCAUGCAGCAUGGAAUCAUGCACUUCUGUGGCGUCAAAGUCCUUGAACCUCACAUCUGUUAUGCUCCAGCAAGUGUCUCUGAGGAGAAGAGGAAGGAGAUGCUGACUGCCUGGACCCAGCGUCUGAAGACUCUUUUGAAGGAAGAACCCAUAGACUGCUCUCCUGAGUGGUAUUUCAAGUAGUGUUCAGGUGCAAGACUACAGAGAGAAGAUUGGUUUUUUUUCUCCAUUCUUUUUGAUGCUCUAUCUAAAUACUUGAACACUAAUCUCCUAAUACAAAUGCAUUUUAAGAAUCUUGAAUACUACAUCUAGCAGUUUAACUGACAACAUAACAUAUAUCUUCAUUGAUUCCCAAGGGAUUCCCUUCAAGGAUGGGUGCAAAACCCUUUGUGAAGUUCUCCUUGCUCACAUAAACCGUGUCAUCCUGCCCCCUUGUGGUUGGUAACACAUGGUAAUUCAUGGCAGAUUAUACCAUUACUGCUUGUCAAACAGUACAUGGCCGAGUUUAUUUUAACACUUUUUGUACCAGUUGGCACUUUUUUCCCUUUACCAGAGAAUAUGGUGCCCAUACUCAACCUUUAAAAGCCCAAGAUUGAUUGUGAGAGUCACAAUUGACUUGUGCCUUGGAGCUAUGAAACCAGAUAAGUAGUGUUGUAAAAGGAUGUACCAUUGCAAAGUGUCUUAAGCAGCUGGAAAGCGCUGUGGGCAUCCCUAGACUUCUUCAGAUAUUUAUAAAGUAAUAUUAAAGCUAUGACAGAUACCAGAAAAGGCAAAAAAUACAUACGAUUGUAGUGGUAUAUGUAUGAAUUGCCUCCCUUUAUAGACUACAGCUCCCGUUUGUAAAGUAUGCAUCUUCCCAUAGUCAUAGUAGAGAGAAAAAGGAAUCCUAUCUGUUGCUUGGCCCCUCAUACCAGUCAGUAUAGGUGUUUGGGUCUGGAGGGUGUUUGCUUCCUCUCCAGCAUCAGCAUCGAUGGACUUCCUUGGAGAUCUACAGCACCAGCAGUUGUUGAGGCAGAGCACUAACCUAAAAACCUUCAGGUGCACUGUCUGUCUAUGGGUCCGGAUUUAUGGGACAAAUGAAUUGUCUGGCUCUUAAUAGCCAGGAUUUUUACCUGAAACUGUAGGAGGAUUAUUUUUGUGCUUUAGAGUUGUUAAGCCUGUUUGUGCAUACGGCAAGGAGUGGGUUUCUUGCUUAGCUACUGAAUUUCUUGCUUUGACUAGCUCACCUAACUGAUGCCUUUACACUUUGAUAUUAAAAGAAUGUGGCCUCAAUAA